AUGGGCACAGUGGCGGCGAUCAUGCCGUUCAUGGCAGAUACUUUCGAUACGUUAAAGGAUGUGGUCUUCGGGGCCCUAUGUAUUAAGUCGGAAAGCUGGGCGUUGCGCCUGGCUGGAGUUGCCAGCCUCGCUUGGCUGCCGUGGGUACACUACACGCUGCUUGGUGACACUGAAUGCGUGGCAGACCUGUCGGGCAGUUACUUCCCCUUCGCCAGCGCGCAGCCAGUGAACGACGAGCCUGAGGCUGCAGAGGGUGGAGGGUGCUGCUGGCCAAAAGUGGAGAAAUGUUUGCACGAGCUCUACAAGCAAACAACUCCCGGCAAGAUCAGGCUUCUGCUUUGGGAAGCCGGGCUGCAGGGAGUCUUUGCCUUGCUCUACGUUUUUCUGGAGGGAGGGUCCAAGUUUGUCGCCGUCAUGCAGCUGGCAGUUCCGCUCCUCCAAACAGCCUUUGGCUGGCUCUGCAACGGGCAGCUCGGCCGAUGGACCAUGCGCGCCACAGGGCAGCGCCUGGCCGGUGCCUUCGCAUCCGGCAACGUCCCGCUGCAAGCGUCUUUGCUGGGCACCAUCUUGCGCGCAGAAGAAGAGCUGCGAGACACGGCCCUGGCAGAAGCGCGCAGGGGCAUCCAGCCCGAGCUGCUGACUAAAACGACUUUGACCGAUCUGGAGGGCCUCAGUCCUUCGGCUUGGGGAGCAGUGCUUCUCCUCAGCAAGGUUCUCACCACCAUCAAGAUCGAGGGCAGACCAGGACUGCUUUCCCUCAGAGACGAGGGGGCCAAG